AUGACAAAGACCACCGACGCUGACACCGGCCGCCUCAGGAAGCUGGUCGGCCGGCUUCUCCAUCACAGCUCCCAUGCGCACACGUCAAAUCCCGACGACUCAGAUGCUGGCAGCGGCGUCGCCACGCCUGAAUGGCUGGGCACCUACAGAGGGCCGUCACCAUCCGCCAGCUUCGCCAUGCCAAAGGGAUAUGGACGACACACGCAAAUCUCCCUCGAGCUCUGGACCGCCGCCUACAACUCCAUACGCGACAACUUGAGGUCUGCUGGUCUAGUGACGGUCUACGAAUCCAUCCUGUGCCAGGAACUGCCGCAUCAGUCCAUUGGCGGGAUCAACCAGACACUCCCGCGCUCAGAUGACGAAAGACUGAAGCAAUUGAUCAGAAUUACCGAAUCGGGACUGCGCAAGUGUCGUGGCGCCAAUUGCCCGAUAGACAACUAUGCUCGAGUCUUGGUCAAGAUGUCCAAGAGGAUAAUCAAGUCUGUCUGGGCCGACUAUCCCUCCACCGCCGUGGCCUGGUCUGGCAUUACUAUUCUGACACCGCUUCUACUUGGCCCGACAAUGCAGAUUGACGGCAUGAAGCGCGGUGCGGUGCAUGUCAUUGGACGCAUCCCGUGGUACAUGCACUUAUCAGAGCUGAUGCUCGCCAGCGGAUGGAAGAGUGACGCCGAUUUCAACAGAGAGCAAGCCGGAGUGAGGGAACGCCUGCUGAAGCUAUAUCGCAAAGUCCUCGAAUUUGAGAUGAACUGCGUAUGCGCCGCAGCCAGCACCUGGAACAACGCAGCCAAGAACGUGGUCGGAUGGCACGCGCUGGGAUCGCUGGUGCGCGACAUUGAGACGCUGGACGACGAGCUUGCCGAGAUCAUCAAAAAAUACGUUGCCAAGGGAGUGGCAGGAUCCAUUUUGAGAUACAAUUCGGAUCUGGAGCUGGAUCCAGUGGAGUGUCAAGGCUCUGCCAGAGUUGGGUCUACAAGCACUACCGGAACGACUGAGACAAUGGAAUCGCUUGAUCAAAGCAGUGAGCCCGACAGCCACCGGCCUUUCCAGCUUGACGCAAGCAGCACUGCAGAAACCAUUCCUGAGCCAGAGGGCGUCGACAGACUGAUGAAUAAACCUUCCACGGUGAGGGUUUGA